AUGACUGGCGAACUUGUUACCAGUGAACAAACAUCAUUCGAUGUCUUGAUCGUUGGCGCCGGUAUAUCCGGAAUCAACGCUGCAUAUCGCUUGCAUCAGGCAUUUCCCCAGUAUCGAUAUGCAAUCUUAGAAGCCCGCGAUCGUAUCGGCGGCACUUGGGAUCUGUUCCGCUACCCAGGAAUCCGGUCCGACUCGGACCUCUACACCUUUGGCUUUUCAUGGUAUCCCUGGAACCGAUCAAAUCCCAUCGGAGAAGGAAAAGAUAUUUUGGCAUAUCUCAAUGAUGCUAUGACAACACACAACAUCAGUCCUCAUGUUCUUUUCCAACAUCGCGUGCUCUCCGUCGAAUGGGACCAACGAAGCUGGACGGUCAACAUUCAAUGCGAUGGCUCGCAAUUCCAAUAUACAGCGAAAUUCCUCAUUUUUGGAACCGGUUACUACGACUAUAAUGAGCCACUAGCCACCACGAUCCCCGGGAUUGAAAACUUCACGGGAGAAGUGAUUCGUCCCCAAUUCUGGCCCGAGGACUUUGAUUACGCGAACAAGACUAUUGUAAUCAUUGGAAGCGGUGCUACUGCCGUGACACUCGUUCCCAAACUCGCUGAAAAGGCCGAUCGGGUGACGAUGCUCCAGCGAAGUCCCACGUACCUUGCAUCAAUUACCAAUCGGUACUCGGGGGGUUGGUUAAGCCGCAUACUACCAACUACGAUCAACUACUACAUCAAUCGACUGAAACGUCUGGUCAUGGGUCGCUUGUUUUUCGCUUUCUGCACGGCAUAUCCGAAAGCCGCGAGGGGGAUGCUAGAAAAAGGGAUGAUGAAGGAGCUUCCACCUGGAGUUCCAUUGAGUCCACAUUUCAAGCCACGGUACAAUCCAUGGGAGCAAAGGCUCUGUGCCUGUCCGAAUGGUGACUUUUUUGCGGCCUUACGAUCUGGAAAAGCCCAUGUUGAGACUGGGUACAUCGAGACUGUUGACUCAGAUGGUAUUCAACUGAAAUCAGGCAAGAGGUUGUCCGCCGACACCAUCGUUACAGCGACGGGGCUCAAGCUGCAAUUCAUGGGUGGGAUCCCAAUCAUCGUGAAUGGAGAGAAGAUCGAUCUCUCAGAGAAACACAUGUGGAACGGCUUUAUGCUACAGGACCUGCCUAACGCAGCUCUUCUCCUUGGAUACACCAAUGCAUCUUGGACUCUUGGCGCGGAUGCAAGCAUGUCGUCUAUCUGUCGACUUCUCAAACUCAUGGAUCGCAAGGGCUAUUCCGUGGCUUGUCCUAAUCUGAAAGACUCGUCAAAGCUGGAACCCCGGCCGUUGCUGGAUCUUGCCUCGAAUUACAUCAAGCGUGCUCAGGGUGUGCCCAAGGCUGCGUCUCUGCGACCAUGGAUUGGCCGGACGGAUUACUUUUCUGAUCUAUGGUUUGCAACUUUCGGAAAUAUCACGAAUGGGUUGAAACUGAGUGCAUAG